AUGUUAUUAUUAAUUUCAAUAUUCCUUAGACACAUAGAUGCAUGCAGUAAUUAUUUUAGAUAUUCAUUAGAUAUUUUGAAAAAUGAUUUGGAAAUAAGUAUAUCUACAUAUGAGAAUAUGUAUUGGGAAAUAAAGGAUGAAUUAAUUGAAGGAGAAAUGACAAAGUUCAGAUUAGAUGGUGAUUAGAAUGGGACUUACUUUAAAUUGUAAUAGCCAAACGAUAUUUAUGAUAAGAAACAUUUUCCUUAUUGUAUCAAAUUAAAGCAUACUUGUAGAGAUUUAAGAAAUAAUUAAGGCUAGAUCAUAUAGAAAAGGAGAGUUUUGGAUGAAUGAGUAUAGUUUAUUGGGUCAAGACUCAUAAGGAUUUCAUAUAUAUAUAAUAUAGGAUGAAGUGUUUAGAUAAUUGUCACUUUAAUAAGCUUGUACAGAUUUUGAUUAUUUGGAUUAAAAUAAUUUUGUUGUUGUUUGUUAAGAUAAUCAAAAAUUAAUUAUAGAGAUUAUAAAUAAGAAUGGAACAAUUCUACAUGCCUAUUCCAAAUUUAUGUAAUAAAAAAGUAGAAUUAAUUUAACUAUUUAUAAAAUUAGAAUUUCAUAUCUGUUAAUCUAUAUCCCAGCAUAUGAAGAAGAAGUUGUAAGUAUAUAAUCAAUAAUUAAUGUAUUUGCUAUUGAUUCAUACUAAAUAUAAGAAACACCUUACUAUUUAGAUAAAAAAAAACUGUCAGAAUUGUUUUAAAAUGAACUUAAAUAUUUUUCUGUGAUUGAUGUUUAAGUCUAUUCAAAAAAAUUAUUUGUUUUGGAUUAUAGAUUGGGGCCAAUUUAAUUAAUAAUGGAUAAUAAGGGCAAUUUCACAAAUGCAAAUUUAAUAACUUCAUCCUCUUACAUAAUAGAAUUUUAUGGUUUUUCAAUCAGAAAUAAUGAGGAAAUUAUUGUAUUUGGAUUUUUAUAGAAAAAUUAGAUAAGUAUGAGGGUUAUAAAAAAUGGAAGAUAUGAUACUAUUGUAAGAACAUUUGAAAAAGAAGACUUUUCUUUAGGUCAUUGUGGAGUUCAAAUAACUCCUUCUUAUUAUUUGAUCAAAUCUAAUAAAGAGCUUAUGAUAUUUGAUGAUUUGCAAUUAGUAGAUAGAAUUCAAAUAUCAAAAGAAGUUUUCAUUGCAAAUCCAAAUUUUAAUCUCUAUGUAUUUUUUUAUUCAAAUAAAGCAGAAUUUUAUGAAAUCAGUUCAGGUAUAUUGACGUUUCAAAAAUAAAUAUAAAAAUCAGAAAAUUAGAAAUAUUUCAAAUUAUUUGACAUUAAAAAUACUAAUUGUUAUGUUGAUAUAGUAUUAUAGGUGUAUGAAAAGUCAGAUGCUUAAAUACAUACAAAUUAUAACAAUAACUUUUAUAAGGAAAGAAUAGUUUAUUAUCCUCCAUAUCCACAAAAAUAUUACAUAUGGCCUAGAAUAACUAAUGGACCAAAUGUUUAAUAAUAGAUAAUUAUAAGAAAUGAUUAAAUGUAAAAGAUAGAUAUUAAAUUUCUCUCAUUGUCCCCUUUGAUUAUAACAGGAAUAAGUUAAUUUGAUUAGAACAAUUUAAUAUUCAGUAUCAUAAAUAAUAAUUUGGGUCUUAAUUAAUAUUUAGUUUAAACAGAAAAUUUGAGUACCUUCAUUUACGUAUGCUAAUUAAAUGAAUUAGAAUAGAAAUGUUAAUAAAAGAGUACAUUUUAUCCAUUAAUAAAAUUGAUGGAUGAUAAUAUAGAAUGGACAGAAGUAGGGAUGUAUGAUUCAUAUAUUGGUAUUAAGACUCAAAAUAAUCAUGUAAUCACAAUUUAUAGAGUUGGUGAUUCAAAGAUUGUUCAAAUAUUUCAAAUAAAAACUUCAUUAUAAGAUGAGAGAACCCAAAUCACUGAUUUUGCAAUAAAUGAAUAUUUUGUAUUUGUGCUCAUUAGUGGAAUGAAUGAGAUACAAAUCUAUUCUAUAUCUCUAAAAUAAUAAAUUGAUACUAUAUAAAAUUUAGAUAAUGCUUAAAAAGUUUAUAUUAGUAAUACCUUCAAUAAGAAUCUAUUAUUUAUCAAAUGUAAUAAUAUAAUCAUAAUUGGACAUUAUGUUAAUGAAUUUAAUAUCAUAUCUUAAAUCUAAGUUACUGAUUAAUAAAGUGUUCAAUUAAUUCUAUCUAUCUUCAGAUCCACUUUAGUAAUUGUAUACAAGACAGUUACUGAAUAAGGUAUUUUGCAAUAUUUGAUUCAUAAUUUGAACUCAGUAACACUUUUAAGAAGACUCCCUAUAUAUUAUUAUUAAUUGCCUUAAAAACUUUAAUUAGCUUCUAAUCCUCUUAAGAAUUUGAUAUUGGUUACUGCAUAUUCAGUAUAUACAUAAACAACUGUUAUUUUAAUUUACUAAAUAAAUGAAUAUUAGAGAAAUUCACUAUUGACUGUUAUUGACACAUUUGAUUAUUUUGAAAGUGAAUUAAAUUAUUGUGUUGCUGGGAUUGAUAAUACAGUGAUAUAGUUCAUAUAUAAAGGAAAAGUGUAUAGUUAUUUAUAUUUUGAGUAGCCAAGAAUUUAUAUAAAUUAAUUGACUGAUUCUACUCACUUUUAAUCAAAUUUGAUGUUGUAGUAAUAAGAAUGGAAUGACUAUUAUAAUUAAAAGAGGGAAUAUAAUAAGGACAUUAUAGUAAUUGAUAUGUAAUUGGAAAUGUAAUGGAAAAAGGAUAAUAUCAAUUUAGAAUUUGGGGAAUGUGAGAAAGUUUAGACAAUAUAAAUAAAUAAUGAUUGGAUAUAAGGAUAAAGAAUUUAAUAUAAAUUAUCUUGUAUUUUGUGUACAACUGAUAAUGAUAGUGGUUAAAUUUAUUUGUUGAAUUAAUUUUAAAAGUCUAAUAGACAAAUAUAAUCAAAAUCAAUAUAAGAAUUUAUCAAAUUUGAUCAAAAUUUCGUUUUAAUUUUAUCAGAAUUAACAGGUACAAAAUAAUAUUUGUAAUUUGUCAAUAAUUUUGGAGACAUCACAAAUGAAAUUGAAUUAUAAAGUGAAUAAAAUAAUUAUGUAGCAACUAAGUUAUAUAUAUUAACUAAACAAAUUUUGGUUAUUUUAUAUGAAAAUCCAUCAGGCAAAAAACCUGAAUUAUGGUAUUAUUAUUGUUGGGAAUAAUAAGAAAAUUAGGAUUGUAAAGUAAUGGGUAAAAUGGAAUUUUAGGAUAGAAAAGUAAUAACAGAAAUGCAUUAUUUUAAUCAUGUGCAAAUUAUACUUACUGAAAGUUAAACAGAAUAUCCUACUAUUUAUUUUUAUUCAUUGGAAUUGGAUGACAAAGUAUUUGUUAUUCAAUAAUUUAAUUUAAUAAUCAAUAAAGAUUAUUUCCAUUAAAGUUUUAAUGUAACAUCUUUUGAUGUUAUGAAACUAUCUUAAAAUUAAGGUUGUUUGAUUUUAUCUGAAUUUCAAAUUGGUAUUAUAGUAAUAAAAAUGAAUUUGACAAAGGAUUAGGUGAGUGUUUUAUAAUAUAAAUAUUUGGAAUUGCCAUUCAGUCAAUAGAAAUUAGUGAAUCCAUUAGAGAAUAAAUUAAUAAAGAUAGAGAUUUUUAAAUAGGGGAAUAAUAAUUGCAACAUGAUUUUAGUGGAUUAGAUAAAUGAAAGUUAUUAAAUAUAGUUGAAAUAUGAGAGAGGGAAUUUUAAGAUAUAAAUAAUAUAAGUGUUUUAGAAACUAGGGAAUAUAAUAAAAUUACGAUCAAUAGGUGUGAUAGAUGAUUAUCUAUUAUAAUUGUAUAGAUAUGAAAAUAAGAAUUAUUAUUGUCUUUAUGACAUUGAAGAGAAUAAAGAUGUAAGAAAUAAUGCAGGAAUAUGUAAGGCAGGUCUGAAAUAAACUGGAUAAGAUAUGAUAUUAUCACAAAAUUUUAUAGUAUAGAAGAAUUAUAUAGGGAAAUAUUAAUUAUUGAUAAAUAGUUAUGAUGAUAGGAGUUUAUCAUUAUAUACAAUAGAUUAAGUGGCUAAGAUUGUAGUUAAGAAUACUAAAGAUUUAAAAAAUUAUUCAGUAAAUUUAAUAGCAGUAAAUCCAUAUAAAUAAGUAUAAUUGGGAAUAAAUAUAACUAUGACUUCAUGUCCGAUAGCUGAUUAAGAUAUGACAUUAUUUUUUAUACUUUUGAUAAUUGUGGUGGGAGUACUGUUGAUUGGAAUAAUCAUUUGUGUGGCAAUCCAUAUGUGUAUAAAUAAACAUCGUAAGAGAAGACGAUCAUAUAAGGCCAUUUAAUGA